AUAUGGGCAUGUGUCAUACAUUCCGGAAAAACCCUUUGCUAGAGCCGGGGUGCUGUUUUCCGCCUUGCCGAAGAAAGUUGUGCCAGGGAGGGUUGCUGGUUUCUGUAUUCCGAGAAAAUGGAUAGCCAGGGAAGGAAAGUGGUGGUUUGCGACAAUGGGACCGGGUUUGUGAAGUGCGGCUAUGCAGGCUCCAACUUCCCAGAGCACAUUUUCCCGGCGUUGGUUGGCAGGCCAAUCAUUCGCUCCACAGCUAAAGUGGGAAACAUUGAGAUCAAGGACCUGAUGGUGGGGGAUGAGGCAAGCGAGCUGCGCUCCAUGCUGGAGGUGAACUACCCCAUGGAGAAUGGCAUCGUGAGGAACUGGGAUGACAUGAAGCACCUGUGGGACUACACCUUUGGUCCCGAGAAGCUCAACAUCGACUCGCGCAACUGCAAGAUCCUGCUCACCGAGCCGCCCAUGAACCCAACCAAGAACCGCGAGAAGAUCAUUGAGGUGAUGUUUGAGACGUACCAGUUCUCUGGGGUUUACAUAGCCAUCCAAGCUGUGCUCACACUCUAUGCUCAAGGUCUCCUGACUGGUGUGGUGGUGGACUCUGGUGACGGCGUCACCCACAUCUGCCCCGUGUACGAAGGCUUCUCCCUGCCCCACCUGACUCGACGCCUGGACAUUGCAGGAAGGGACAUUACGCGCUACCUCAUCAAGUUGCUGUUGCUGAGGGGCUACGCCUUCAACCACUCUGCGGACUUUGAGACGGUGCGCAUGAUGAAGGAGAAGCUGUGCUACGUGGGCUACAACAUCGAGCAGGAGCAGAAGCUGGCGCUGGAGACCACCGUGCUGGUUGAGUCCUACACGCUCCCCGACGGCAGGAUGAUCAAGGUGGGAGGGGAGCGGUUCGAAGCCCCUGAGGCUCUAUUCCAGCCCCACCUCAUCAACGUGGAGGGAGUCGGAGUGGCAGAGCUCCUCUUCAAUACUAUCAAUGCAGCAGACAUCGACACCAGGUCUGAGUUCUAUAAACACAUAGUGCUGUCGGGGGGCUCCACCAUGUACCCUGGCCUUCCCUCUCGACUGGAGCGUGAGCUCAAGCAGCUCUACCUGGAGCGCGUGCUGAAGGGAGAUGUGGAUAAGCUCUCGAAAUUCAAGAUUCGGAUCGAGGACCCCCCUCGGCGCAAGCACAUGGUGUUCCUGGGUGGGGCCGUGCUGGCCGACAUCAUGAAGGACAAGGACAACUUCUGGCUGACAAGGGAGGAGUACCAGGAGAAGGGGGUGCGUGUCCUGGAGAAGCUGGGGGUCACUGUCAGAUAAACACCCCCCCCCCCAAGAUGCACAUGUCUGGGCUAAGUCUAAAAUGGCACCCUAUUCCCUUAUUGCACUACUUUUGACCAUGCCCCAUAGGGUAGUGCACUAUCUCGGGAAUAGGGUGCCAUUUGGGAUGUAGCCUUGGUCUUGUCUCCCGCCCUCCUUCUCUGCUACGUCCUCCACUUGAUAUCCAUCUACAGCGCACUUCUUUGCGACCCGAUCAUCUGUUUUUACCACCCCUGUCCCAGAUUCGCUCGCCCACUCUCCAAGGGCAUGUUGUGACAGACGGUUGGGGAGGUGGGAGGUGAUGGAUGAGGUGCUGACAACAUGUCUCCUGGGAAUAGUUUCAAUCACGUUGCCCAACUUAUUCGGUCAAAACACGAUCCCAAUGAUCAUCAAGAUGAAGUAAAUUAUUAUUAGGGAUUCAUUUAUAGAGGGGGUGUCGGAUUCUCCUGUGUUGUGGGCACAGGGUACACAAGGGGCCUCCAUCAAAGGCAAGCUGCCUUUUUUUUAAAUGUAAAAUUCCACCCUUCUGUCCAUCUUUGUCUUUUGUCCAGUCUUAAUGAGCAGGUGAUUUCUUGCUCCUCUUGAGGAGGUUGUGUUAAUGUUGGGGGGAGGUCAGGGGGGUGAGGGUGGAUUAGAGCGCAGGUGGUUUUUGGGGCAUGUUUCUCCUUCUCACAGGGUCCACCUGCCCACUUGUCUGAAUCCCAUAUCUAGUCUGUUGCCAUUGUGUCAUAAGAGGGAUGUGAUGAUGACAAAAAAAAAGCGGUUGGCCUUCCCUCACGAUAAAAAAGGCAUUUCAUUCCACUGAUGGCUAAAUAUUUGCCAUGUAUUCAAUUCCAAUGAGGACUGCUCAGCCUUUUCUUUGAAGUCAUGUUUUGUGUUCACAUUAAUUUUGCUGAUGCGCUUUCCUUUUGGAGGAGAAGUGGUUUUGCCUUUCGUUUUGUCAGACGGACAAAUAACGUCUUGUAUUUUUUUUUUUUGCAGUGCAUUACUCCCGUGUUUGUUUUCGUAACGAGUGAGGAUGUGUCGUCAUCAUGGCUGUUGGACACACGAGUCAUUUGGUUUUUAAGGUCUGGGUUACAUUUUGCCCUCAACAGCAGGUCUAGGAUCUCUAUCCCAGGCCUAUCCUUAACCAUUGUGAGCUAAACAAUGCAGCAGACCUAGGACCAGUUGUUAAGGGCAUACUGAACCGUAACCUGUUUAGCGGGGCAGCCAUUCUGAGACCAGUAGGAACUCUCCCUAGUCUCCGCUCCAGUGAAGAUUCUUUUUUUUUUUUUUAGGUCGGGGGUUAUUGGGGGUGGGAUUUGUUGGGGGUGUUGAACAUUUGUAAUAUUAAUAAGAAUCAGUAGACAUGGAGACCACAUAAAAGCUGGUAUUUAAGGUUUUCCUUUUUUGGUUUUCAUAUGUAUAUGAACUUACACAUAUAUUGUGUAUCAUUUUCUUUUUUAUCCAAACAGUCAUCCAGUGCCAAGUGCAGUUAUUGUAGCUGGGGUUUUUUCGUUUUUUUUUUUUUUUUCAUAGCAUAACUGCCUACCGCUGAUUUUUAAAUAAAGCAAAGUGAUUUAUAAAUA